AAAAGAUGCAUGCAGAUUUUCGGCAACCAAGACAAUGGGAGGAGGAAGCAGGACAAGAAGAAGCAGCAAAGGUGACGCUGGUGGUGCAGGUGGGGACGCCGCUGCAGCAACACGACAGCCGAGACAAGCGGGUGGAGUUGGUGAUCGCAGCAGCGGUAGUGCUCAAGGCAGCAGUCGAAAGCCUGGCGCUCGAAAAGGUCAACGUGACAGCGACAGAGGAGGAGGAGGAGGAGGAGAAAGAGACAUGGCGCCGCCGCCAACAUCGACAGUGGCGGCAUCGCAUGCUACGCCAAAGCGGUCGCCAUGGCUGUCACCAGUGCGUGCGGCGUCCCGACUCUUGUCGGCCGUCAAACGCACUGGCAGUGCCACCCGCCUGCGGUCAGCAGACAUCAAGUCCCCUGCAGACUACUCAGUGAUUCGCACAAUCGGAAAAGGUUCCUUUGGCGAGGUGCUGCUGGUCGAAGCCAAGUCCAAUAAGCAGAAAUACGCAGUGAAGAUCAUCCAUUUGGACACCAUGCAGGACCCAAACAUGCUGGAACAAAUUCGACAAGAGCGCGCAGUCCUGGAUGCGGCACGCGGGCACCCGCAUAUCGUGUGCAUGCUGAGCUCAUGGAUGAGUGAACAGUGCCUGUAUCUGGUGCUGGAGUACAUCCGUGGGCGUGAUCUGUUUGACACCAUCCGCAGCCGAAAGCGACUGCCCAGCCCGCAGGCCGCGCGUUAUGUUCUACAGAUGGCCAUGGCGUUGGAGUUUCUUCAUCAGAAGCAGAUUGUGUUUCGCGACCUGAAACUCGAGAACGUUCUUGUGAACCAUUCCUCUGACAGCAUCCUGCUCACUGACUUUGGACUGGCCAAAUUUCUGCCUUCCUCGGGCCGCACAUCAACCAUCUGCGGCACUAUUCAAUACAUGGCACCGGAGCUGUUGCGGGAGGAAGCGUACGGCACGCCCGUCGACUGGUGGUGUCUUGGCGUUGUCUCCUACAUCCUUGUGUGCGGCCGCUACCCGUUCUCCGCGGGCAUUGAUGCGCUUCGCUACGACCACAGCGCCCAUGACCGCAUGAUCAUGGCACGGCGGAUUGACGAGUGCGAUCUGCCCUUCCCGUCGUUUGUUGACUGCGCCGCCGAGGUCGUCAUUCGCAAGCUGAUGGAUCCUGCACCCGCGGAUCGCAUCUCGUCCUACAGCCACCUCGAGCCCAUGAGGUGGUUUGAUGGCGUCAGCGUCGCCCCAAUCCACACCGACCAGACACAGGUGUCGUCGGAGCCGCCCUCCCCUGUGGAGAAGAAGAAACCAAACGGUCUGGAGGGAUUUAGCGGCUCAUACCUCGAGUACCUCAUCGCAAACACCGCACACAACGGCGAUGGUGAUGGUGAUGGUGAUGGUGGCGGCGGUGAAGCCACAACGUCUGCAGAGACACACGGCACAACGACAACCAACUCCACAGAUGAACACCAACAGCAACAAUUACAACAGCAGCAAAAGGACACUCAAAGCGCCAACACAGCGACACCAACGAGUGACAAGACAGAAGACAUCGAUGUCGACGACGACGACGAUGAUGAUGAGGAAGAUAAUGAAGAGCUGCGAGCCCACUUUGCCAGCGCUCAACUCUCACACAACAGCAAGCACGAGGCUGUUCACGCCCGCAGCGCUGCUGCUGCUGAUGAUGAUGACGAUGAUGAUGAUGGCAGAAGCACUGGCCAGCUGUCGAGCACGGUGACCACGGGCCGCGUGUCACCAGUGGUGCAGCGACAGCGGCGGUCGGAUGCGAUCGUCGUGGAGGGGAAGCCUGAGGAUGGGAAGCAAAGUGCAGGCAAAGACGAGCAACAACAGCACAGUGAACAGCAACAACAGCACAUUGAACAGCCACAACAGCACAGCGAACAGCAACGCAGCCAGCAGAAGCCACAGAAGCAGGGUGACGAUGGCGAUGCUGAUGACGAUGAAGAUCUGUUUGCAAUGUUGCAGCGGUUCAAAUCACACCAGAAAAUGGCAACGCCCGCCAUCAUUGCACACGAGGACAGCGCACGGUCAGGUUCGACCAACACCACAGCUGAGAACGAUGCGCACAACGGCAGCCACCGCGCUGAUGACGGUGAUGAUGGUGAUGAUGUGGAUGACCAGAAUGAAGGGGCAGUUGUUGAGCGCACACCGAGCGCCCGCGAUGCCCUGUUUGACGUGAUUGUGGAGUACCAGAAGCGGCAGUACAACGACCAGCGCAGCAACUCCGACGACUCCAUCAUCGUCGCCAGCAUCAUGGUCAAUGACAAAUGCACCAAUGCAAAGGGCAGCCGUGAUGGUCGCCAUGCCAAUGGCAAUGGCACUCCCAAGCACGAGAAUGGCAGCCAACGAGACGGCCACAGCCACGACGGCGUCAGCACCAGUGCACCAGCACCACCAGCACCACCGACACCACCACACGGCCUCGAUUGCGAUGGCGGCGUUGACGGUCACGACGAUGACGCGUGGAGUAGCGUGAGCGACCUUCUCUAGCGCAAUCAGGAACAUGUUCUUUGGUGGCUGGUCGCCGUUCCGUGACCACAGCCGUCUGCAUUUGUGUUGCCCUUGACGACAGCUUGCUCACUUGCUCGCUUACUUGCUCGCUUGUACAAACGAUCUUUCGUUGCGUGCACGCACUCACGUGGAUCCAUCCCCUUUGCAAGCAAGCCAUGAACACACACCCCCCCUCCCCUUUCCUCUCUUUUUCUUCUCUUUAUCUUCUGCUCGUGGUGGUGACUUUGCUGUUCGCUGGUCGUUGUUCAUACGUUACCCACAACAUGGUGAAGCGGGGAAUGUCAGAGACAUGAUGUGUGCAUAAAGG